CCUCACCUGCCGCCCGGGAGGGGGCGGGCAUUGUUCACCGCUACCGCCGAGCCGGGCCAUGGGGGCCGCUCGGCACCCCGGGCCGGGCCUGGCGAGACCACUGCGUCGCCGCUGAGGGGGUCCCGCACACAGCCUGGCGGUGCAGGUGAGGUCGGCCGCGCCAUGGUGGAUCCAGUGGGCUUCGCCGAGGCGUGGAAGGCGCAAUUCCCGGACUCUGAGCCGCCGCGUAUGGAGCUGCGCUCGGUAGGUGACAUCGAGCAAGAGUUGGAACGCUGUAAGGCCUCUAUCCGGCGCCUGGAGCAGGAGGUGAACCAGGAGCGCUUCCGCAUGAUAUACCUGCAGACACUGCUGGCCAAGGAGAAGAAGAGCUAUGACCGGCAGCGCUGGGGCUUUCGGCGCGCUGCGCAGCCCCCUGACGGCGCAGCUGAAGCCCGAGCGCCCGCGUUGCGCCCGGCGCCGGUGCCCGCCGACAGCGCGGAUCCGCCACUAGCCGAGGAGUCCGAGGCCCGGCCCGACGGAGAAGGAUCCCCAGGUAAGGCUCGGCCUGCGACCGCCCGCAAGCCUGGAACCGCCACUUCCUCUGACCGGGAUGAGCGGGGACCCCCCACCAGUGUGGCGGCGCUUAGGUCCAACUUCGAAAGGAUUCGCAAGGGACCUGGGGCUGCGGACACUGAGAAGCCCUUCUACGUGAAUGUCGAAUUUCACCACGAGCGCGGCUUGGUGAAGGUCAACGACAAAGAGGUGUCUGACAGGAUCAGUUCUCUGGGCAGCCAGGCCAUGCAAAUGGAGCGCAAGAAGUCCCAGCAAGGUGCGGGGCCGGGUCUGGGGGAUGCACCCAGGCCCCAUUACCGCGGGCGCUCCUCAGAGAGCAGCUGUGGCCUCGACGGCGACUAUGAAGAUGCUGAGUUGAACCCUCGAUUCCUGAAGGACAACCUAAUCAACGCCAAUGGCGGCAGCAGACCCCCUUGGCCGCCCUUGGAGUAUCAACCCUACCAGAGUAUCUACGUCGGGGGCAUGAUGGUGGAAGGGGAGGGUAAGGGCCCGCUUCUGCGCAGCCAGAGCACCUCAGAGCAGGAGAAGCGCCUCACCUGGCCCCGCAGGUCCUACUCCCCCCGGAGUUUCGAGGACAGUGGAGGUGGUUACACUCCGGACUGCAGCUCCAACGAGAACCUGACCUCCAGUGAAGAGGACUUCUCCUCUGGCCAGUCAAGCCGGGUGUCCCCAAGCCCCACCACUUACCGCAUGUUCCGAGACAAGAGCCGCUCACCUUCGCAGAACUCGCAGCAGUCUUUUGACAGCAGCAGCCCACCGACACCUCAGUGCCAGAAACGGCACCGGCAGUGCCAGGUGGUGGUGUCUGAGGCGACCAUUGUGGGUGUCCGCAAGACUGGGCAGAUUUGGCCCAGCGAUGGGGACAACACCUUCCAUGGAGAUGCAGAUGCCUCAUUUGGAACAUCACCUGGGUACAGCUGCGCCGCAGACCGAGCUGAGGAGCAGCGCAGGCACCAAGAUGGGCUGCCCUACAUCGAUGACUCACCCUCCUCCUCUCCCCACCUCAGCAGCAAGGGCAGGGGCAGCCGGGACACUCUGGCCUCAGGAGCCCUGGAGCCCACCAAAGCGAGUGAACUGGACUUGGAAAAGGGCCUGGAGAUGAGAAAAUGGGUCCUGUCUGGAAUCCUGGCUAGUGAGGAGACUUACCUGAGCCAUCUGGAGGCACUUCUACUGCCCAUGAAGCCUUUGAAAGCUGCUGCCACCACCUCUCAGCCUGUGCUGACCAGCCAGCAGAUCGAGACCAUCUUCUUCAAAGUGCCUGAGCUCUAUGAAAUCCACAAGGAGUUCUAUGAUGGGCUGUUCCCCCGAGUGCAGCAGUGGAGCCACCAGCAGCGGGUGGGCGACCUCUUCCAGAAACUGGCCAGCCAGUUGGGUGUGUACCGAGCCUUUGUGGACAAUUAUGGGGUUGCCAUGGAAACAGCAGAGAAGUGCUGUCAGGCCAACGCUCAGUUUGCAGAAAUCUCUGAGAACCUGAGAGCCAGAAGCAACAGGGAUGCCAAGGACCCAGCCACCAAGAAUUCUUUGGAAACCCUGCUCUACAAGCCUGUGGACCGGGUGACAAGAAGCACGCUGGUCCUUCAUGACUUGCUGAAGCACACCCCUUCCAGCCACCCCGAUCAUUCCCUGCUGCAGGAUGCCCUUCGCAUCUCACAGAACUUCCUGUCCAGCAUCAAUGAAGAGAUCACACCCCGACGACAGUCCAUGACAGUGAAGAAGGGAGAGCACCGGCAGCUGCUGAAGGACAGCUUCAUGGUGGAGUUGGUAGAGGGCGCCCGCAAGCUGCGCCACGUCUUCCUGUUCACCGACCUGCUCCUCUGCACCAAGCUCAAGAAGCAGAGUGGAGGCAAAACCCAGCAGUAUGACUGCAAAUGGUACAUUCCGCUCACGGAUCUCAGCUUCCAGAUGGUGGACGAAUCAGAAGCAGCACCCAACAUCCCACUGGUGCCAGAUGAGGAGCUGGAUGCAUUGAAGAUUAAGAUCUCCCAGAUCAAGAGUGACAUCCAGAGAGAGAAGAGGGCAAACAAAGGCAGCAAAGCUAUGGAGAGGCUGAAGAAGAAGCUGUCAGAGCAGGAGUCGCUGCUGCUGCUCAUGUCUCCCAGCAUGGCCUUCAGGGUACACAGCCGCAAUGGCAAGAGUUAUACAUUCCUGAUUUCCUCUGACUAUGAACGAGCUGAGUGGAGGGAGAACAUCCGGGAACAGCAGAAGAAGUGUUUCAAAAGCUUCUCUUUGACAUCUGUGGAGCUGCAGAUGCUGACCAACUCGUGUGUUAAACUUCAAACCGUCCACAACAUUCCACUGACCAUCAACAAAGAAGAUGAUGAAUCUCCUGGGCUCUACGGGUUCCUGAAUGUCAUUGUCCACUCAGCUACUGGGUUUAAGCAGAGUUCAAAUCUGUACUGUACCUUGGAGGUGGAUUCCUUUGGGUAUUUUGUGAAUAAAGCAAAGACGCGUGUCUACAGGGACACAACUGAGCCAAACUGGAAUGAGGAGUUUGAGAUAGAGCUGGAAGGCUCCCAGACCCUGCGGAUACUGUGCUACGAAAAGUGUUACAACAAAACAAAGAUUGCCAAAGAAGACGGCGAGAGCACAGACAGGCUCAUGGGGAAAGGCCAAGUCCAGCUGGACCCCCAGGCCCUGCAGGACAGAGACUGGCAGCGGACCGUCAUCGCCAUGAAUGGGAUUGAAGUGAAACUUUCUGUCAAGUUCACAAGCAGGGAAUUCAGCUUGAAGAGAAUGCCGUCCCGCAAACAAACAGGGGUGUUUGGAGUCAAGAUUGCCGUGGUCACCAAGAGAGAGAGGUCCAAAGUGCCCUACAUCGUGCGCCAGUGUGUGGAGGAGAUUGAACGCCGGGGCAUGGAGGAGGUGGGCAUCUACCGUGUGUCUGGAGUGGCCACAGACAUCCAGGCGCUGAAGGCAGCCUUUGACGUCAAUAACAAGGAUGUAUCAGUGAUGAUGAGUGAAAUGGAUGUGAACGCCAUCGCAGGCACGCUGAAGCUUUAUUUCCGUGAGCUGCCUGAGCCCCUCUUCACUGAUGAAUUCUACCCCAACUUUGCUGAGGGCAUUGCUCUUUCAGACCCUGUUGCAAAGGAGAGCUGCAUGCUCAAUUUGCUGCUGUCCCUCCCAGAAGCCAACCUGCUGACAUUCCUCUUCCUUCUAGACCACCUGAAAAGAGUGGCUGAAAAGGAGACCGUGAACAAGAUGUCCCUGCACAACCUCGCUACAGUGUUUGGUCCUACACUGCUCCGGCCCUCAGAGAAAGAGAGCAAACUCCCUGCCAACCCCAGCCAGCCCAUUACCAUGACUGACAGCUGGUCCUUGGAGGUCAUGUCCCAGGUCCAGGUGCUGUUGUACUUCCUGCAGCUGGAGGCCAUACCUGCCCCAGACAGUAAGAGACAGAGCAUCUUAUUUUCCACUGAAGUCUAAAGGCCCAACAUCAUCUCAAGAAGCCAACAGAACAGCCUGGGAACCUGUGGUGAAACGGGCCAUCUGAAGAGUGGGAACCGAACCUUCAUGAGGUGUAACUGGGCCAUUCCCAAGAGCCAGGCCAUCUGCCAAGAGACAGUACCCAAAGUAGAAGGCCAGGUGGCUGGCACAGAUCCCGUUGGUCUGCAAACACGUCUGGCCUUGGACUGUGGUUUUUCCAUGCCGCCACCAGAGGGCGCCCCAAGCCAGCACGUCUUGGCGUGCAGGCCUGGCUCCAGGGAGAGAAGGCGGAGUGGUUUUUAUGAACUUAAUUUAUCAGAGUUUAAAAGAUUUCUACUGGAUCUCUUGUCAAGAUGCACCCUCUCCAGGGAGAAGGGAACACCACCAGAUUCCUUCAUUAUUGUGUCUUGAAUAAACACUGCUGCUGCUUUA